AUCUUCCAUUUGGAAACCCUACUACAAAUACUAGUAGUAGUAGAUAUCCUAAAACCCUACCGACGGCAGUGACCAUUUCCUUCAUUUCCACUCAACAAUGUCGGACGUUCCGCCGGAAGUAAUUAACGAUAUACUUUACCGACUGCCGGUGAAGUCACUGCUAAGAUUCAGGUGCGUAAGCAAGUCUUUCAAAGCCCUAAUUGAUAGCCCCAAAUUCAUCCGAGCACACCUCAAGCAACAGGUACUGAAACACAACUCAGAUGUCAAGCUUAUUUUCAAGGCUCACAAGCUUUUCUCCCUCGACUUCAGUUCAAUCUCUAGUAGCCAACUAGAAGAACUUGACCAUCCACUGAAGCAGCCCUAUGGCCCAACUCAGGUACUCGGCUCUUGCCAUGGUUUGAUUUAAUAUCCAACAACUUGAGUGACAACGGUGUGUGGAAUCCAUCCACUAAAAUGUUCCGGAAACUGCCGGUUUGUCACGUUAACCCUCCACAGAAUCAUGGACCGAGAGAGGUUGCUGGGUUGAGCCAAAUUUGUGGUGGUUUUGGGUAUGAUACUUCUGCCAAUGAUUAUAAGGUCGUUAAAAUAGCCCAAUUUUAUCACUUCUCCGGUAGUUCCUUAGUUACUGUUACAAUGGUUUAUAGUUUGAAGUUGGGUUUGUGGAAGAAGAAGAUUCAGGACUGUCCAUACUGGUUGGUUAAGGAAGACAAUGGCACGUUUGCUGCAGGUGCAUUGCACUGGCUUGCAUCUACGGAACCAUCAUCAGAGUGGAGCCCUUGGGUUCUUAUAGGUCUCAAUCUUGGAAGUGAGAGAUUUGAGCUGGUGCCAUAUCCUGAGAAUUUGGGCAAGCCAUUGCAUUUAAAUUUGGCAGUCUUGGGAGAAUGCCUUUGUUUGAUUUCAGGUCACGUCGUUGUUCGUACUAAUGCAAAGAAUCAUGUGUUAGAUCAUGUCGACAUAUGGGUGAUGAAGGAUUACGGAGUGAAGGAGUCUUGGAUAAAGUUGUUUUCAGUUGAGCAGUUAGAUGGUUGUCAACAUUUCAGUUUCUUGAGGCCAAUAGCAUAUUCAGUGACUGGUAAGGAAGUUCUUCUGGAAAUGGAUAAUAGGAAGUUCCUAUGGUAUAGUCUAGAAAAGAAGUCCCUCAAACAUGCUAAGAUUAAUGGUGGAUUGGACUUUUUUGAAUCAUUUGUCAAUUUGGGAACCCUUGUCCCUUUAUAUGGGGGUGGAAAUGAUGGGGGUGAAAACGAAAAGGAUGAGAAGGAAAAGAUAGAACCAGAGAAAAAAGAUGGAGCCGGAAACAUUGAGGAAGAAGAUGUCUUGGUGAUAGAGGAAUUCAAGUUGGAACUUUAAAAGAGAAGUUUAAAUUAGACUAAAGAGGGAGAAUGCUUUUCAGUUUAAGAAGGGAGGAAGAGUAGAGAAGUCCCUUCUCUGGCUCUCCUCUAUACAUAUAUAUAGUUGGUGCAGUAUCUGACAUUUUUCUUUUGUUAGCAAAACAAUUGUGAUUGUGGUUGGAAACUAAUCCGUUGAUGUAAGUGCUAUUCUGCUAUCUGAUCUAGACGUGUAAAAAACCACCAGAUGAAAUGUGGUACUAUUAACUUUCAAGUUA